AGCUACUAGUUUUAACUUUUCGGAUUCCAUGGACGUAAGAAAAUAGACUUAGUAUUUUAAUUUACAUCAUCAUGAUCAAAAGCACAUUUCCCCUCUUUUUGGAAGAUAUACGAGCACGAAUACAAACAUAAACCUAAAUGAUCCAACGGCGUUAAUGGUUUCUUUUUUUUCUAUACAUCCCACACAUACCUUGUGUACCUAGCAAACACUCACAAUUACUCGUCAAUUCGACGUCAUUCUACCUAGACAAAAACUUUUAUGUCCGGCCUUUGGGACAAACGCCCUGCACCGGUGGGUGACCAAAUCCCAACAACUUUUGAAUCGGAGCAUUUGGGGCAUGAUAGAAUACACGGAGAUGACCUGAUACCUGGAGAAUCAGCAACUGUAGCUAUGACGGGAGACAAUGAGGAUAUUGAUAUUGAUAUCACAGCAUCUCAAAAGAUGAUCUCAGCAAUGUCGGGAAGUCUAUUAACAUCACUAUUAGGUACGUACGCCACCGAAAUUUGAACCCCAUGAACCAUUUCAAGAGGACCUUCAGACAUUCAACUCAUACUAACACUUUUAUUUGCAGUAACUCCUCUAGAUGUUGUAAGAGUUCGUCUACAGUCACAACCAUCUCAAUCUCCCCUAUCAGCGAUUCAAAAAGCCGCUAUGGCGUCCCCUCAGACUUUCAGCACACUGCCACCAAAUCUAGGAAUAACAGCAUGUUGCCGGGAAGUUUUCUUCACAGGCAGCGCAACGAGCGACGGUUGUAUGGCUGCGCCCAGAAUUAGCGCAAUGGAAGGCGUUGGAUGUGCCGUGGAAGAAACAAAAAGAAAAACCUUCAAUUCGACUUUCGACGGAAUGCGAAAGAUUGCGCGGAAUGAAGGGAUCACAACUUUGUGGCGAGGAUUAUCGCCUACUUUGGUUAUGACGGUUCCUUCGAAUAUUAUCUACUUUACCGGAUACGAUUGGCUACGAUUUAACAACCAAAGUCCCAUCAAUCGAAUGUUCCAAGACAAUUACGCCCCUCUUGCCGCCGGAGCCUCUGCUAGGACCGUAGCUGCUGCAGUCGUCAGUCCAAUCGAAAUGUUUAGAACAAGAAUGCAAGCUAGUCAAGCAGUUGGCGGAGCACAUUUUUCGGAAACCGUGAAGAGCGUUGGUGAAAUGGUUUCACUUCACGGAUAUACCUCUUUGUGGCGAGGAUUAGCAUUGACACUUUGGAGGGAUGUUCCAUUUUCUGGAAUUUACUGGUGGGGUUAUGAAUCUGUUAGAGGGGCAUUGACAGAUGCACGAGAGCGGGGUCGAGGAAGAACAUAUGACAGGAACACUUCCAGAAGUCAAAUGCGUACGAGAUCCCAAAGUCGAGAAAAUCACACAGCGACAUUUCUCGAUAGUUUUGUCGCUGGAGCGACAUCUGGAGCUGUCGCUUCCAUCUUGACUAUGCCUUUCGAUGUUGGAAAAACCCGAAGACAAAUUUUUCAGGACCCAGGAAAAACACCUGUUGGAGUGGAGAGGGUCUUGGCUCCUGAAGAGCAAUCUAUGCCAAGAUUUCUUAUGCACAUCUUCAAAGAAGAGGGUAUUCGCGGCCUAUGGAAAGGCUGGGUAGCGAGGACUCUGAAGGUUGCUCCAGCAUGUGCAAUUAUGAUCAGCUGUUACGAAGUAGGGAAGAGGGUAUUCAGGAGUGUGAAUGAGAAAGCGGAACGGAAGCGAAGAUUCGAGUGAUAGAACAAAUCUCCCCUCUUCUUUCGUCGGUUUGGGCGCAUAAAAGGAAACACGGAAAUGUAAUACUACCAGUACCAGGUGUUUAGAAGCACAGCGAUUUUGAGCGGGUUUCUGGAAUUUUGUAUAAUAUUAGAGAUCAUAGAAAAUAAGAUCACUACGAUAGCCUUAAUAUAUUCAAAA